AUGUCUCUCCUAGAUCGCCAGCGCAACGUGUUGGAAGAAUAUGACACUCUUGACUUUCAAGUAUCAGAACGUAUAAGACGGAAUCCCAAUUUGACAGAUGGUUCGUCCAAAAAGCGUCCGCGGAAAGAGGAAAUCAUGCAACAACAUGAAAUGUGUCUUAUGGCUGAAAGAAUGACCAAACAAGCUGAAACGUUUGAUGAAAGCGACCCAUCCAAAACCAAACUUGAGAUCGAAUCAAUGAAGGAUCUUGAGUUCACUUUCGCCGAUUUACAUUCUAAGAUCAAGGAUACGAUGAGUGAAUGCCUGGGUAUCCAAUUUGUCGAGGAUAUAAAUGGUUCAUAUGCUAUGUAUCUGAGUGCUACAAACUACUCAGAAAGAGGUGGAAAAGUUAAGGUACAAAGAAAGGAAAUUCUAUCUAAAACUUGCGCACCGUACCUUGACAUUGAGUUUUUAUUCUCUCCAACUGAACUAUGGGGGACUAUAUUGGAUCUAUAUCCAUUUUAUCGACAAAAACAUUGUGAAAAUGAUGAGCGUCUGUAUGUUUUCUAUCUUGAAAGUCUAGUAACGAGUAAGCAAUUGGAUAUGCACCAAGCAAGCGCUAUCUUGAGCUACAUUGUUGACUUUUGGAAGAGAAGUCAUCCACUAAUGAAUGUUGAUAAGAAGUUAAUUGAGGUCAGAGGCGAAGUUAAUCCUUCAAGUUCCGAUGGGCAAAUAUGGUGUGGACCAUGCAACAAAUGGUUUAAAGAGUCAAUCUAUUAUAAUCAUUUGGACGGAAAAAAGCAUAAAAGGGCUGCAAAACACACAACAGAUAUAAAGAAACCAAAUAGAACUGAUGGAGAAAUCAUCACAUGGAUUCUAGAAAACCCACUUAAAAAGGAGUUUGAAGCAACGAAGAGAGCAGCAGCGCAACCCCAAACAGAUCGAGAGCGUUUGCUUGAAGUAUCACGUCUCGAGGGCGAAGAUUCCGAUUACACCGACGUCGAUUCUGAUAAUGAUGAUAACGACAGUGAUGAUGAUACUAAUCUCCUCGCGAACCUUCCCACGGAUGCUAAUGAAAGGCCUAUCCCUCACUGGUUGUAUAAAUUGCAGGGGUUAAACAAGAGCUUCCAUUGUGAGAUUUGUGGAAAUGCUGCUUAUCAAGGAAAAAUCACAUUUGAAAGGCACUUCACUCAAAGCAAACACCAAUACGGACUCAAAUGUCUAGGAGUACGCGAAGAUCAAGUGAUAUUUUUCAAUAGUAUAACGUCAAUCAAAGAAGCACAAAAUCUUCUAUUGAAUCUCCAGCAAAAGCAAAAAGACAAAUAUUUUGAGGAGGAGGUGGAAGACUCGGAAGGAAAUGUGAUGUCGAAGUCGGACUACGACGAGCUCAAACAGCAAGGUUUAUUGUGA